AUGCCGCAACAGGAUGGGAGUGAGGUUUCUGCAACGAGCAUCUUCAGUUACAGCACUGUCCAAACGACCGAGACCGAUGUCGAAAGCAAAUUUGCCACAGAAGUCAGCCCUGAAGAGCUCCGAGGACCCCUAGGGCUAAAUCUUCUGUUUUCUCCAGAACAACCUCUGAUUGAUUUGAUAUUCGUUCAUGGUCUCGGAGGUGGUUCCAGAAAAACGUGGAGUAAAACAACGUCUGCUUCGCAUUACUGGCCAAAGGAAUGGCUUCCUAGAGAUCCCGCGUUUAAGAAUGCUCGGGUGCACAGUUUCGGAUAUGAUUCGGACUGGAUCAAGGGCAAGGAUAAUUGCCUGGACAUCUAUCACUUCGCCCGAUCUUUGUUGGGCGAAUUGAGUACUUCACCCCAUUUGCACAAUGCAGAUACGCCAAUCGUUUUCAUCGGCCACAGCAUGGGUGGUCUGGUCAUCAACAAGGCGUUUUUGUUGGCAAAGCAAGAUGCGACAGAUCGCUAUCUGGUCAAAAGGAUUCGUGCCAUGUACUUCCUCGCGACACCUCACCGAGGCUCUGAUUCUGCCAAGCUUCUAAGCAAUAUCCUCAACAUCGCGUACUCGUCGCGUGCCUACGUCUCAGACCUGAAGCGCGGAUCGGACGCUAUAAACUUGAUUAAUGACGAAUUCCGUAGGCAUUCGGAAGACAUAGAUCUUUGGUCAUUUUACGAAACACAAAAGCUCAGCAUAGGUGUCUUCCGUGUGCUGAUCGUUGAUCCUGACUCGGCUACACUUGGAUAUCGCGAAGAGAAACGAAUACCGCUGAACGCUGACCAUCGCUCCAUAUGCAAAUUCGAAGCGCCAAGCGAUCCAAAUUAUAUACUCAUCCGCAAUGCACUCGCGUUCACAAUCAACAGUGCCACGGAAUCAGCGCUGAAAUCGAAGGAGAGGCUACUUCGGAGCAACAUCAAAGACCUGAGAGAAUACCUAGACGUGUCCGACAAGUUAGAGGACGACUUGAUACUCGUUCAAGAUGCCCGCUUGCAGGGGACUUGCGAAUGGAUACAAUCGAAAAAAAGUUACCUAGAGUGGCACGACAACGCCAAUGCUGCACGUGUGCUUUGGCUCUUCGGAAAACCUGGGUCUGGCAAGUCGGUACUUUCAGGCUACCUGGUUUCUCAGUUACGCAUGAAGCAUGAAGCAUGA